AUGAAUGGCUCAAACAAGUAGGAGCAAAAUUUGUAUGGGGUAUUGGCUCCAUCUACAGAAUUUAAUGAAUUAUUCCUUCCUACUCUAAUUAAAAUAUUGAAAAGAAAGAAAAUUUAAGACUGUCUAAGAUUUCUCACAGAGAAUUAAAAUUAAUGGCAAGUUGAAUAUGAAGAGCCAUAAGGUGAAAAUUAAUCACUAUUUGAUAAGGAAUAGAUAUACAAUGUCAGAAAGAAUGACGUUGAGAAAAUAACUGAUGUUCUCAAUAAAAUAAAAGAACAUGAAUUUAACAGAUAAAAUUAUUCUUUAGAAGGAUACAAAGAUAUUAAAUUAGAUCUGAUCAAAAACAUUUCUUAUGAUAAGAACAUCAUAGAAUUAUUUAAAUUUUUCGUUAAUCUUACUGCCUUAGAUGAGAGGUACAUUCAGUGCGGAUCAAAUUCUCUUCAUUUAUUAAUUGAAAUGAAAGUUGAUUUGAAGACACAAUCUUAUGAAAAGAUUAGAAUUAGGAAUACUUAAUUAAUAGGGGCUAAUUUUGUGAGAUGUGACUUGAGUGGAUCUGAAUUUAAUAAUGUCAUUAUUAGUGGGAUGAAUUUAAAUGGAGCAAAAUUAUUUAAUUGUAAAUGGAGGAAUCUAAGAAUAAGUGAGGAAAUUAAAUUAAAUGGCCAUCAUAGUAGAGUCAAUUCAGUCUGCUUUUCUCCAGGUGGUAAUUCAUUAGCUUCUUGCAGUGACGAUCAAUCCAUUCUUUUGUGGGAUAUGAAAAGAGGAAAAAUAUAGACUUUGAUAUAACGGAAAAGCAAAGUACAAUCAGUAUGUUUCUCUUCUAAUGGUAGGACAUUAGCUUCUUCCAUUUGCAAAUUUGUGUAUUUAUGGAAUGUUAAAACAGGGAAAUAAAUGUCGAAAUUGAUUGGACACACUGAUGAUGUGUGGACGGUAUGUUUCUCUCCUUAUGGUGCUACAUUAGUAUCUGGUAGUGUUGAUAAGUCUAUCCGUUUAUGGAAUACUAAGACCAUAUAAUUAAAAGCAAAAUUAGAUGGUCAGUACCGUAAUGUUUAUUCAAUCUGUUUUUCUCCUGAUGGUACUAUAUUUAUAUCUGGAGGAAAUAAGUUCUGCUUAUGGAAUGCUUAGUCAGGAUUAAAAUAAGCCAAAUUAAUUGGUCAUUCUAAUUAUGUUUCUUCAGUCUGUUUUUCCCCUUUUGGUACCACAAUAGCAUCUGGUAGUAGUGAUAAUUCUAUUCGCUUAUGGGAGGCUAAGACCGGAUAAUAAAAAGCCAAGUUAGAUGGUCAUACUAAUACUGUAUGGUCAGUCUGUUUCUCUCCGGAUGGUAUUACAUUAGUGUCAGGCAGCGGAGAUAAGACUAUCCGUUUAUGGGAUGUUAAGACAGGAGAAUAAAAAAUUAAAUUAGAUGUUCAUACUGAUGAUGUUCGAUAAGUCUGUUUCUCCCCUGAUGGUAAUACAUUAGUAUCAGGUGCUUAUGAUAACUCUAUCUGUUUAUGGGAUGUUAAUACUUUAUAUUCAGAAGCCAAAUUUGAUGGUCCUACUAAUGCUGUUUAUUCAAUAUGUUAUUCUCCUGAUGGCACCUCGUUAGCAUCUGGGAGCUUGAAUAAAUCUAUUUGUUUAUGGAAUGUAAAGACAGGUUAAUUAGAAACCAAAUUUGAUGGCCAUACUGAUUAUGUUAGAUCAGUUUGCUUCUCUCCUGAUAGUACUACAUUAGCAUCUGGUAGUGAUGAUAAAUCUAUCCGUUUAUGGAAUGUUAAGACAGAAUAAUAAAAAGCAAAAUUAGAUGGGCAUACUAGUAGUGUUCGAUCAGUCUGUUUCUCUCCUGAUGGUACAACAUUAGCAUCUAGCAGUUAUGAUAAGUCUAUCCGUUUAUGGGAUGUUAAGACAGAAUAAUUAAAGGGCAAAUUUGAUGGUCAUAGUGAUGAUGUCAUGUCAAUCUGUUUCUCUCCUGAUGGUACUACUUUAGCGUCUGGUAGCGAUGACAAAUCUCUCCGUUUAUGGAAUGUUAAGACAGGAUUAUAACAAAAGAAAUUAGAUGGUCAUUUUGAUUACGUAAGAUCGGUCUGUUUCUCUCCUGAUGGUACUACAAUAGCAUCAGGAAGUAAUGAUAAAUCUAUCCGUUUAUGGAAUGUUAAGACAGAAUAAUAAAAAGCAAAAUUAGAUGGGCAUACUAGUAGUGUUCGAUCAGUCUGUUUCUCUCCUGAUGGUACAACAUUAGCAUCUAGCAGUUAUGAUAGAUCUAUCCGUUUAUGGGAUGUUAAGACAGAAUAAUAAAAGGCCAAAUUAGAUGGUCAUAGAGAUGAUGUCAGGUCAAUCUGUUUCUCUCCUGAUGGUUCUACGUUAGCAUCUGGUAGUGGAGAUAAAUCUAUCCGUUUCUGGGAUGUUAAGACAGUAUAUUAUAAAGGCAAAUUAAAUAAUCAUAGAGAGGAGGUCAUUUCAGUCUGUUUUUCGCAAAAUGGUACUAUCUUGGUAUCAGUUAGUGAUGAUAACUCUUUCCGUUUAUGGAAUGUUAAUACAGGUGAAUAAAAGGCCUAGCUAGAUUGUCAUUAGGAUGGAAUUUUCUAAGAACAAUUCUCUACUAGUGAUUACUUAUUAGCAUCUGCCUGUUCCAAUAGUAAGACUUUUUGUAGGGAUGUUGAAUCUGGUGAAAAAAUACAAUAUAGCGAUCUCCUUCUCUUUCCUCAUAUGAAUUUGACCAGAAUUACCAGUGUUCCCCUUUCAGAUUGUAAAUUAUGCUUAUUAUUAAUUAGUUUCCUCUCAUAUUACGAUUUUAGUAAUUUCCUAAAAUUUAAAUUUAGAAACCAAAGAAGCUUUAAUCUUGAAAGGGGAAUUUGUAAAUUAAUGCCAUAUUGAUUUAAGAUAAUUUUUUAAAUCAAAAGGCAGUUUGAUAUUAGAGAAAAAAAAUUGA